AUGUCUGUUGUUGUGCCAAUACCAUUUGAUCGAUCAACAAAAUAUCUUAAUCAUCGACAUCAUCACUCACAAAAUGUACCACCAUGGAAAAAACAUGAUGUAUCACAAAAACAGCAACGAAACAUGCCAUUAUCGUUACAUUCAUCUAGACUAAAAUCGUCUCAUCUUCUCUCACGGAGUACUGAACAAUUUAUGCACAAUCAUUUAAAUGAUACAAAUAAUCAUGUUUCAUUACUUAAACCGAGUGUUCCAUCAUCAGUGUCACGUAUGUCCAAAGCCACAUCAGUGACUAUGAUGGACGAACAAAAAUUAACAAAUGGUAAUGAAGAUGAAGUACCAUCAAAUAUUGUUAACGUAAUGAAACAACGUUUUGAAUUGUUAACUUCAAAUCGGUACACGACUGCGGCAAUUAAAUAUCGUUCAUUAAGUAAAAAUAUAACAUCAGAUUCACACGAAAAUUUAUUUUUAACAAAUUCAGCCAUUCCAAAAGUUAUACCACAACAAAUGCUUCAAUCAGUGCCAUCUUUAAUACCUCAAGUACCAUUGUUACCAUCUACACUAUCUAUUGUUGUUACUAAAACACCUUCACCAUUAAAAAAUAUGGCACGAUUAUCACGAAGUCAAGAUAAUCUAACUGCUAAUCAACAUAGUACAACGUAUAUAGGAGGACACAUAGUUACUGCUGAACAAUUAUCAUCAUUUUUAACACCAAAAAAUGAUGUUAUCAUUGUUGAUACAACAGCAACAAAUUUAACUGACAAUCAUACAUUACAAUCCACACAUAAAACAUCAUCUGUUCGUCAUUCAUACACUGAAUUGCAUGUUGAUGAGGCACCAAAAGCCGGUACUGUUGAACAAGUUAAAAAUAUGUUUGAACGUCAAAUUCGAAUGAGUCGAUAUGAUACUGAUAAAUUAACAGCGUUAAUGAUUAAUAAUACGAAUAAUAAUAAUAACAGUAAUUCACGAUCGAAUAAUAUUCCUAGUUAUCGAGAAAUAUCUAGUCCACGUAGUCGUAGUUUGUCACCCUAUAAUAAUGAUCCUUUAAGACAAAAACGAACAAUGUCAGUACCGCCACAAUCAUCGUUGAAAGAACACCAGACACAAUUAUAUUAUCCUGAUCUCGUCACAUCUCAUACACCGCCACUGUCUGGCACACCGCCUACGACUACAACAGAGCAAAACUAUUCAGACAGAUUGAUGUCGACUACAGAUAAUAUUAGAACGAUGACAUUAAAAGAUAAUAGUACCGAUCAGAAUCUAAGAAUGAAUUCUACUCAUCGGCCACCAUUACCUUCCUAUAAAGUAUCAUCAACGGAAACAGUAUCAACAUUAAAAUCAUCACAAAUAGAGGAAAAACAAUUAGACAAUUUCACAAAAUCAAAUCUUUUAUUAACUUCCACUGUCGUACCUAUUCCAAUAAUACAUGAUAAUAAUAAUACUAACGCUUCUCAAGUAACGUCAGAUAUUAUUGAUUCAAAACCAAUCGAUUUUAAAAGUCACUUAGCAUUAUUUAAUCGAAAUUGUCCAAAUGAUAAUUUACUAGUCGCAUCAGUAACAACAAAUACAACCGUAUCUCAAUUGACAACUUUACCUCCUGUAGCUAAAAAAUCAUUAUCAAUUGUGCCAUCAUUAAAAUCAAAUCUCACUUUGAAUCAUCAUCAUCAUCAUCAUCAUCAUCAUAUGCGUACAAAUGAAAUAUAUUCAAAUGAUGAUUUCGUCGAUAAUUCAACAGAAUUAAAUGUAUCAACAUCUCGAACAAAUCUCUUAAUAUCAACAAAUGAAACAAAAUCUGAUGAUAUUAAAAAUUCAACAGCAGUUCAUCGUACAAAAGGUGUAACAUUUUUUGGCGGUUCAAAAGUUGAUAGUAAAGAAACAACAAUAUUAGUAAAGUCAAAUGAUAAUAAAUCAUUGACAUCUUUCACAAAUGCUCUUGUAGAAUCAAUCCCAAUACAAGUCAUUGGCGGUAAUGUCAAAUUAGAUAAAUCUUCAAUAUUCUCUGGUCUUAAAAAAGAUGUUCGUGUUCAGUUUAUUGAAGACAUUGCUACAUUUGAAUAUCCAUCGUACGAAUUUUUAAUGGCUGAAUAUGGUUUAACAGACGAUGAUAUCGAUUCGGGACAACAUUCAUCAUUAAUAAAUGGAGAUAAUAAAAAUGAAUUAAUAAAUAUGAUAAAUGAAAAUGAAAAAAUGAGUGAAAAUGGUGAUGAUGUUGAUGAUGAUGAAUUAGAACAUUUGGCACAAAUUAAUGCCAAAUUUAAUUUAAAUAAUCUUGUAGAAAAACCUGUUAAAUCAAAAGGUAGUCUUCAUACAUUUCGUCCGACACAUGUAGAACCAUAUGAACUUGGUAGCCAACAUAAUAAUAAUAAUAACAAUAUUAUAUCAAUAUUAUCUCAGUCGAAUUCGUUUUCAAAUUCAGAUAAUAAUUCUAACACUAAAUCGACAUUACCCACGUCCUAUUCCAUAAUGGCAAGACAAAAUUUAUUUACAUCCAAUACAAAACCAUCUAAUUUUUCAUCAACUAUAUCUUCGACGAAUAAUUCACUAAAACAAAAUGAUUCUAGUAUACAAUGGAGUUCAAUGUCGUCCAAUACAGAUUUACUUUUCUAG